AUGGUCUUCAUCCUCGACUGGCUCUUUCCGCGUGCCGGCCGCCCGCAGCGCGACGGGCCCAUCGCGCCGCCCGAAAAGCACGUCGUCCUCGGCACGUCUCCGGCGCAGCCGGAGGGAGGGUGGAAACCGCCGCUUGAGCAAGCCAUCUUCGGCCUCGGAUGUUUCUGGGGUGCAGAGCGUAAGUUCUGGACCGCGCCGGGCGUGCACACUACCAGUGUCGGGUAUGCCGGUGGCAUGGUGCCCAACCCCCGUUACCGCCCUGUCUGUUCCGGUCGCACCGGUCACGCUGAGGUCGUCAACGUGGUCUUUGACCAAUCGAAGACCUCCUUUGAGGACAUGCUCGACAUUUUCUGGGAUGCCCACGAUCCCACCACUAAGAAUAGACAGGGAAAUGAUGUCGGCUCGCAAUAUAGAUCCGCAAUCUUCUAUUAUAACGACGCACAAAGAAAGCUUGCCGAGCAAACGCGCGAUCAUUUUAACGAUCUUCUCAAGGAAGCCGGCCGGAACGCCUGCACUACAGAGAUCAAGCCCGCUGGAAAGUACUAUUUUGCUGAAGAAUAUCAUCAGCAAUACCUGCAUAAGAACCCAACAGGGUAUUGCGGCUUGGGAGGCACCGGCCUGUACCGCCCGCUUAAGAAAGCGGCUUCCGAGUAA